UCGCCGUAGGCCAGACCAUAGUUAGCAGGUACAGCUGGACAUUUCGUCGAACACCUGUGCGAUCGCUGCCCUGCGGAAGAAAAUAAGCGAAGGAAAAGAUGAUGAAAAUGAAGGAAGACGAUCUGUUUCCGGCGACGCCGGGGAAGGUCAAGAUGGAUCGGGCGCUCACCAUCAACCGACAGUUCCACCGGUGCUUCGCCUCGUCAGGCACAAUGUUCGUGUGGGCUCUCUUCUUGAUCGCGCUCACGGCGUCGUAUCUCAGCCUCCAGAGCUUCGUCGAUUCGUCGUCCCGGUACUUGCCGUCGUCCUGGGGCGGGAUGCAGUGGGAGAAGCAGAUCAGGGCGUCGGCGACCCCCCGCCGCCCCGGCGGCAAGUCCGUCCUCCUCACCGGAGCCGCCGGCUUUGUCGGCACGCACGUGUCGCUGGCCCUCCGCAAGCGCGGCGACGGCGUCGUCGGGCUGGAUAACUUCAACAACUAUUACGACCCGUCGCUGAAGAAGGCGCGCAAGGCGGUGCUGGCCUCGCAUGGCGUGUUUGUGGUGGAGGGGGACAUUAACGACGUGCGCCUCCUCGCCAAGCUCUUCGACGCCGUGCCCUUCUCCCACGUGAUGCACCUUGCCGCCCAAGCUGGCGUGCGCUACGCCAUCGAGAACCCGGCGUCGUACGUGCAUAGCAACAUCGCUGGUCUCGUCACUUUGCUCGAGGCCUGUAAGUCCGCGGACCCGCAGCCGUCGAUCGUGUGGGCGUCGUCCUCGUCGGUGUACGGCCUCAACGAGAAGGUGCCGUUCUCAGAGUUGGACCGCACGGACAGUCCGGCUUCGCUCUACGCGGCCACCAAGAAGGCCGGCGAGGAGAUCACCCACACCUACAACCACAUCUACGGCCUCUCCAUCACCGGGCUCCGCUUCUUCACCGUCUACGGGCCAUGGGGCCGCCCCGACAUGGCCUAUUUCUCCUUCACCCGCAACAUCCUCAAUGGCAAGCCCAUCACCGUCUACAGCGGCAAGAACGGGGUCGACUUAGCCCGCGACUUCACCUACAUCGACGACAUCGUGAAGGGCUGCGUCGCCUCUCUCGACACCGCAGCCAAGAGCACCGGCAGCGGCGGCCGGAAGCAGGGUCCCGCUCAGUACCGCAUCUUCAACCUUGGCAACACCUCGCCGGUCACUGUGCCGGCUCUCGUACGCAUCCUGGAGCAGAACCUCAAGGUGAAGGCCAAGAUCCACGAGGUGGAGAUGCCCGGCAACGGCGACGUCCCCUUCACCCAUGCCAACAUCAGCUACGCUCGCGCCGAGCUCGGCUACAACCCGACGACCAACCUGGAAGCCGGCCUCAAGAAGUUCGUCAAGUGGUACCUCUCUUACUACGGCUUCAACCCAAGAACCAGCGCCAAAUCCUCCAAAAGCUUGUAAAGAUCCCACUUCUUUCUUCUUCCUCUUUUUUUCCAUCGUCUUACAUUGAAACUUAGCUUCCCAAAACCAUACUGGAUUCUUUGACGGAAACUGUUAAUUCUGCUUCUUAUCUGUUAAUUAAUCUUUGAUCGGCCACCGUCUCCGGCGACGGAGUAGAUAUGGUAUCAGUGCCAUUCUGGUAUA